AUGGUGGUGGUCUCCUCAUCUGUGGCCUGCACAGGGACACCCCAGUCUUGGGAGGAAGGCUGCUCUGAGAGGGACCCGGCAUCGAACGGGUUGAAACGCAGGAUUCUGCGCGUCCAGCUGCAACCCGCAAAGCCGGACCAGAAGAUCCCCGCGCUGGUCCGCGAAAGCUCCGCCGAGUCUCUGCUGCGCUUGGGGCAGCCGGCCCUGAAUCCGCACCCCAGGAAUCGGGGGAAGCUAACGUCCAGGGUCCCUCGUGAUCCCCGACCGCGGCUGGGCCAGGGGCUUCCUGCCCUCGCCAGCCGCGCCCGCGCCCACCGCGGAGCCCCGAAGGCGGUGCCGGCCAGCAGCGUCUCCGAGGGACCCUCCAGGCAGGGCAGGGGGGCCGACUCUGCCGGCAGGGGGGAGGCGGGGCGGGGCGGGGGGUCCCCGGGCUGCCUGCAGAGCUCACGCCGGCUGCGGAGGAUGGGACCAGAGGUCCGCCCAGGGCCGGGGGGGGCGAGGCCGGUUUGGGGAGGGGGCAGCGGGGGCUUUAAGCAGACCCCCGGAGUGCUCCUCGCCGGAGGGGAGGGACGGGGAAGCCGGGCUCGGCUCCGAGGGAGGGCCCUUUUGGGGACCGGGGGCCACGCUCGGAAAGGCGCCGCGGAACGAGGCUCCUCCCGGCCUGCUUUCCAGGGUUGUUGUUGGGGCCUUCAAUCCGCGGGUCCGGACCGGCUGCGGGGGACGGACCUUGCCGCGGGUCACUCUGGCGGCGGAGCCCCGGGCAGGGGGCUGCUCGGGAGCGCGCGGAAGGAAGCCGAGGGCUCCAUGGAUUGCCCCAACCUGGACUUUGAGUAUGGAGAUGCUGACAGCCAUGCUGCUGAACUGGCAGAACUGUACAGCUACACCGAGGGAGCUGAGUUCACCCUCAACAAGAAGUGUUUUGAGGAGGAUUUCCAAAUUCAAGCAAAGAGCAAGCGGUGGUCGGAGCUGGACCUGACUCAGCAGAAGACCUACGUGAUGCAGUUACUGGACGGGUUGGAGGUGGUCAGCCGGGACCGAAGGCUGAAAGUGGCUCGCGCCAUUCUCUACUUGGCGCAAGGUGUCUUUGGAGAAUGUGACAUGGAAGCCGAUGCGCUCUACUGGGCUCGGCACAACAGCUUCUUGUUGUACCAAAUGGGGACCUUCACAGCGUUUCUGGAACUGCUCAACAUGGAAAUGGCCAACAGCGAGGCACGCAGCAGUGCCCUGAGGAAGCCGGCUAUCUCUCUAGCUGAUAGCACCGAACUCAGGGUGAUAUUGAGUGUCAUGUACCUGAUGGUGGAAAACGUCCGGGUGGAAAUGGAGACCGACUCACCGAAGUGGGCAGCGUCCCGAGAGAUGUUCAGGGCGGAGCUUAGUCAUCCAAUCCACAGUGAAGAACCACUUGGGCUCUUGCUGUUCACUAUGGUGACCAAAUUCUGCAGUGAGCAUUCUCCCCACUUCCCCAUGAAGAAGGUCCUACUUUUGCUCUGGAAAGUCCUUGUGUUCACUCUGGGCGGCUUUGAGACCCUCCAAGCAAUGAAGGUGAAGAAGCGCCAGGCGCUGGGCCUGCCCCCCUUGCCAGAAGACAGCAUCCAGGUCAUGCGGAACAUGCGGGCGGCUUCUCCUCCGGCCCUCACCACCGAGUUCGUUGAGCAGCAGCAGCAGCAGCAGCAGCAGCAGCAGCAGCAGAAACGGGCGCAUCGGAGUAGGAGGCCUCUGAUGAAGCAAGACAGCCUAGAUAUUUACAAUGAGAAGGACCCCUUCAAGAACGAUGAGGCUGUGGUGGAUGAGGAGGAGGCCGACGACCUUGACGGUGGGAUUGAAGGGGAGCUGGACCUCUUGGAAAGGGGCACAGUCAUCCAGGCCGUCUCUGUUCCAUGCCCACCUGUUGAGAGGGUCUCCUUCCCAAAGGGCCUUCCGUGGGCCCCCAAAGUCAGACAGAAGGACAUAGAGCAUUUCCUGGAGGCGAGCAGGAACAAAUUCAUUGGAUUCACACUUGGGCAAGACACAGAUACCUUAGCAGGCUUACCGUGCCCGAUACAGGAAAGUGUGAAGACUCUAAAAGAGCACAAAUAUGUCUCAGUCUCCGAAGUGCAGAUCAGGAAUGAGGAAGAAAUGGAAAAGUGUCCCAUAUCUUUGGGGGAAGAGCAAGUGCAGGAGACGCCCUGUGAAAUACUCUACCGGGCAAUGUUGUAUAACUUGCCACAGUACAUGAUAGCUCUGCUAAAGAUCCUGCUGGCGGCGGCCCCAACCUCAAAAGCCAAGACUGACUCCAUCAACAUCCUGGCCGAUGUGUUACCUGAGGAAAUGCCUGUCACUGUCCUCCAGAGCAUGAAGCUGGGGAUUGAUGUCAACAGGCACAAAGAAAUCAUUGUUAAGAGCAUCUCUGCCUUGCUGCUGCUGCUCCUGAAGCAUUUCAAGCUGAAUCACAUUUAUCAGUUUGAGUAUGUCUCACAGCAUCUGGUCUUUGCCAACUGCAUCCCGUUGAUACUGAAGUUCUUCAACCAGAAUAUCAUGUCCUACAUCACCACCAAAAACAGCGUAUCUGCCUUGGAUUAUCCCGCCAGCACCAUCCAUGCGUUACCAGAACUAAGUGCUGAAAGCCUUGAGGCAGGAGCCAACAACCAGUUCUGUUGGAGAAAUCUCUUCUCUUGCAUCAAUCUUCUGAGGAUUCUCAACAAACUGACCAAAUGGAAACAUUCUAGGACAAUGAUGCUUGUGGUCUUUAAGUCUGCUCCCAUCCUGAAACGUGCUUUGAAGGUGAAGCAAGCUAUGAUGCAGCUCUACGUCCUGAAGUUGCUGAAGAUCCAGACCAAGUAUCUUGGACGCCAGUGGCGGAAGAGCAACAUGAAAACCAUGUCCGCCAUCUACCAGAAAGUGCGUCACCGCAUGAAUGACGAUUGGGCGUAUGGCAAUGAUAUUGAUGCUCGACCCUGGGACUUCCAAGCAGAAGAAUGCAGUUUACGAGCCCAUAUCGAAGCCUUUAAUAGCCGGAGGUAUGAUAAGCUGCAGGACCCUGAAUUUUCCCCAGUAGACAACUGUCUUCAGAGCGUGUUGGGACAGCAGCUAGAACUUCCUGAAGAUUUCUGUUACUCGUAUGAACUAUGGCUAGAGAGAGAAGUGUUUUCCCAGCCCAUUCACUGGGAAGAACUGUUGUGUUAUCAGUGAGGGCGCUGGGAACAGGACUUGAACUCAGUGUUUCAGACAAUA